AUGGCGAACAAACAGGGGAAGAUGCAAAACCUCAUCAAUUACCGAAUGAGAAUUACACUGAAUGAUGGGCGACAAAUGACUGGGCAAAUGCUAGCAUUCGAUAAGCACAUGAACCUCGUCCUUGCAGACACAGAAGAAUUCCGCCGAGUAAAGCGCAAGCCCACCAAAGGCGCACAAUCUGCUCCUGGCAGCUCUACACCCGCACUCGUCGAAUCGGAAGAAAAGCGCACUCUCGGUCUUACCAUUGUUCGCGGCACUCAUAUCGUCUCCUGCUCAGUCGACGGCCCUCCUCCCGCAGACCCAUCGGCAAGUAGACCAGCUGGAAGAGGAUUGCCUGUUGGACUAGGUGGACCGGCUGCGGGAGUAGGAGGACCAGCGCCGCCAGGAGGGUUUCCUGGAUUUCCACCUGGUGGAUUCCCUGGUGGUGCACCACCAGGGUUUGCGGGUCGUGGAGGACCCCCAGGAGGAGGACCGCCUGGAUUCGCACCACCGCCUGGAUUUCCCGGAGGACCACCGCAAGGGUUUCAGCCGCCGCCAGGGUUCCAGCCUCCCCCAGGGGGCCGCGGUUUCCCACCGCCAGGAUUCCAAGGGCGGUGA